GUUGUGUAUGUAGUUGUUACCCCCCACCCCCUUCUCCCAUUAUUUUUCCCAAUGGUAUUUGCUUCCCGCUGCCGCCAUGUUGGAUCGAGCGAACGAUGUUGCUGGUUGAGUUCCGAUGAAAGUUUAGAUUUUGGCGUCCCUGGGAUGCUGGAGUUCCCACGGUUGCGUCAACGGUCGAGGGAUUAUUUGUCUUACCUUUUCAAAUCUUGAGAAAUAAAAAAAAAUAUCGAACGCUGAGUUUCCAGCGCUCCGUGACAGUCCUGCUCAGACGAGAACGUCCGGCUGCAGGCCACAGUGAUCAAUGACAGCAGCGGUUUUAGUUAAAUAUAAUAAAAAUAGUGAGCUUGCUGAGCUAGUUUAAUUUUUUGUUUCAUUUUAAAAUAUGAGUGGCCAUCCGCCGCAGCGGCGUGCCACAAACGUUGGCUCUAUUCUCCUCACUCCGCAAGAGAACGAAUGCCUCUUCAACUACCUUGGCAGGAAAUGCAUCUCUCUGUGCUCAGCAGUGGUGCAGGUGUUUGCCGCAGACAGGAACUCCUCGUGGAUGAAGCGAUGCUGUGGAGUUGCCUGCCUGGUCAAGGACAACCCCCAGAGGUCUUACUUCAUCCGCGUCUUCGACAUCAAGGAUGGAAAAAUGAUGUUCGAACAGGAAUUCUACAACAACUUCUCCCUCAGCUGCUCCAGAUCCUACUUCAUUUCGUUUCCGGGAGACUCCUGCCAGGUGGGGCUGAACUUCGCCAAUGAGGAGGAGGCCAAGCGCUUCCGCGCUGCCGCGGGGGAGCUGCUCGGGAGAAGACAGAGGAAAACCGAGAAAAGACGCGACCCUCCCAAUGGGCCCGCUCUGCCCAUGGCGACCGUGGACAUCAAGAACCCGGAGAUCAACAACGUGCGUUUCCAUAACAACAACAUCAUGCACAGCAGCUUCAGCAAGGACCGCAAGAAGGCCAAGGGGAAGAGGAAGAGACUGACCAAGGCUGACAUCGGCACGCCCAGCAACUUCCAGCACAUUGGACACGUGGGCUGGGAUCCCAACACAGGCUUUGAUCUGAAUAACCUGGACCCGGAGCUGAAGAACCUGUUCGACAUGUGCGGCAUCUCCGAGGCCCAGCUGAAGGACCGGGAGACGUCCAAGGUCAUCUACGACUUCAUCGAGAAGAAGGGCGGCGUGGAGGCCGUCAAGAACGAGCUGCGCAGGCAAGGUCCGCCCAGGUGGUGCGCGCCCCCACCUCCCCCUUCCAGGGGUGGCGCGCCCCCCCCUCCCCCUCCUCACAGUUCGGGGCCCCCGCCGCCCCCUCCCCCCCCGGCGCGAGGCAGAGGAGCCCCGCCCCCGCCGCCCCCGUCCCGAGCCCCCACCUCGGCCCCCCCGCCCCCGCCCCCCUCCAGACUGGGCAUGGGGGCCCCUCCUCCCCCACCGCCCCCAAUGAGGGGCCACCACCCUCCCCCUCCUCCGCCCUCUCACGCGUCCCUGGCCCCCGCCGCGCCCCCGCCCCCGCCUCCGCCCCCGCCCUCCUCCAUCUCCCCCCAGGGCCCCCCGCCGCCGCCCCCGCCCCCGCCUCCUCCGCCUGGGCCCCCUCCCCCGGGCCCGCCCCCGCCGCCCCACCCCCAGAACGGAGGGGGUGAGCCGCUGCCCUCGCCCCAGGGCAAGUCCGCGCUGCUGGAGCAGAUCCGCGGGGGCACCCAGCUGAAGAGGGUGGAGCCAGGCAGCCGGCCCGUGUCCAGCACCGGGAGGGACGCGCUCCUAGACCAAAUACGCCAGGGCAUCCAGCUGAAAACUGUGACUGACGGCCCCGACUCGGCCCCUCCCACCCCAGCUCCCUCCGCGGGCAUCGUGGGGGCACUCAUGGAGGUGAUGCAGAAGAGGAGCAAGGCUAUCCACUCCUCAGAUGAGGAUGAGGAUGACGAUGAGGAGGAAGACUUUGAGGAUGAUGACGAGUGGGAUGACUGAGCCCCUCUCGCCCCAAAAAUGAAGACACUAAAAUGUUCCCGUCUUUCAAAAUCUUAUUCAAAGUAUAAUGUAAAUGUUAGCGGUUUGCUGUAUAUUUUUGCCUCUUUUGUUAUUGUUUUUGUGUUUAUUGUUUAUUUUUUGUUUUGCUUUUUUAUUGUUAUUAAUCUGUGCAAUACCUCAUUUAAUCUGUAAAGGUUUGUCAUGUCCAUUUCUGUAAUGGUUAUUUUUUUCUGGAUUAACAUGUGCAAUUUUACAUCAUGACAAAUUCUCUUUGAUUUGUAGAUUUUAAUGUGUCAUGUUUCGUUGGUCUGUCUGUCUGUGCAGGAAAGGGAGACUUGUUACGCGAGCGGAGAGAGUCUUUAAUGUUGUCAUUGUUCGUUAAUUCCAGAUAACACUAUUUUCAUACCCUACUGUACGGUAUCUUACAUUUUCUUAUUGAAAUCCUAGUUUAGCACUAUUUUUUUCUUAUGAAUGAGCUAUUGGAAAAUCUAGCCCAUCAUUUCCAGUGUACAUUUACACAGAGUUUGAGGCUGUUAUAUUUUUGCACGAAUCAAAAAAAAAGAAAAAAAAAGGAAAUUCACUACAAGCGUGUGAGGCUAGCUGACUGACCGGGAGGAUCCACUACAGACACAGGGCCUGGAGACACUCUGCCUCACACAGGAGACUGACAUUUCUUGGGAUACUUUUUUUUUUUUCUGGGUCGUUUAUUUUCACUUCAUCUUGUAUAUUUCAUAAUUUUUCACAGAAACGAUUUUUAAGUUUCUUUUUACCGUAGCAAUCGGAAGAAUGAGAUUGCUGUCGGAAAUCAGGUCAGUGUUCAUCUUAAGCAAAAAGAAAAAAGACAGGUCAUCUUUAUUUCAGUUAAAAAGGAACUUGCAACUUACUGUUACAUAAGUGUUGCGUUUUAAUACCGUCGGCUGCAGUCGAGAGCAGCGAGCUAAACUUAAUCUUCAUCCGCAAGCUGCUUUUAAGGAACCUGAUAACCACAUGCAAGAUAAGAGUGUGUGCAGAACACUAUUGAUCCUUUUGUGUUGUAAUGAAUGCUGUUUUAACAGUGUUGUACAUCUGAGUUUUACAAUCUUCCUGGUGGGUUGUGCUGCAUUUAAGGAACCACAAUACUGACUUGAGAUCUUAAAAUAGGUUGGGAAAACAAUGGAAUACUAAAUUGUAUACUUAAAAUAAAUGUUAAUAUUUACAGACA